AGAUAUGAGAGAAGUUACGCGCGGAUACGAACACAUAUCAGUAACCAUGGUAACAGUAACGUAAUAAACUGGAUCAUGUGAUUAUGAACACACAUCUCCUCAUUAUAACAUUACAACUCACCCUCACCUUAGCAACACGGCUCUCUUUCCUCGAUCACAAUCAUUUUCAGACAGAAAGCUGCUUCCUCCAACUGCAUGACAACAUCACGUGGUAUGACGCAGACACAAGCUUGUUGCUUAGCAACGGUCACAUUUCAAAACUCAACGACUGUCAGAUAACAGCCAAACAGUCAGUUGGGGACGAAGUUCAGUUUAUAAAACAGAUAUCUACUGACAUAAUACUGAUGUGCAGAGCGGGGGAGGUAUAUCAGACUGAUCCUCUCUCUCGGAGAUUUCUCUCGUCAGUCAGGACAAUGAGUUCUACCAAACUAGGUCACUAUGCAGCAGUACUGGGGGUGAACUUACAACGGCCUGGAUUUCAAACAACUUGUAUACUUUCUCUUAUUCGGACGGAACCACUAAAAUUUCCAAAUAUCUUCCCCUAACGAGGAAUUUUGUAAAAACCAUUGGAUUAGAAGCAAGUGAUAGCUCUGACGCAACCAAGCUUAUUUUCAAACACGGGAAUUUUGUAUACAUGAUUUAUACGGGUAUUUCGGGUGAAGCAAGAGUAGCCAGAUUUUGCGAGAACGACCAGGGGAAUUACGGUAGUUUCUCCACCGAGAGAUACGGUCAACUGUCCUGCAACAUGCUCGAGAUAGACCACACCAUCCUGCUGGACGCCCAAUACGAUCCUACCAGAUCACAACUCCUCCUUCUAACCUCUAGAACUCCAGUAGAGUUAUCAGGCAGGGUACUCUGUGCUAUAUCUAUUCAGGAGAUAGACCGUCAACUGGAUACUGGACAAUUCCUCGACUAUGAUGAAAUGGGAAAGAGCGUGGAUCGUCAGGAAGCAAAAUGAACUGUAACGCGAUAAACCAAAUGAAUUAUCUCACUCAGUUACUUGAUCUGAUAAAAGGAUCGCACACCCUCCUCACCCAUCAAAAGAACUACAACAGUUUCAGGACCAAAGAGAACGUCUGGUACCUUGCUACUGACGACGGAGAGUUGGAUAUCCUGAAAGAGAAACACGACACAUCCCUGAGCAGGAUACAAUCCGUACAAACCAACAUGUCACCUGCCCGACUCCUCCUCUCCUCCUCCGGAGACCUGACUCUGCUCUCCAGACACAAGAUAGCUACCCUUCCCAAGUUCUUCUGCUCUCACUUCCGGGAUCCAGCAGAGUGCUACCAAGGACCCUCCUGCUCCUUCUCCGAGAAACACUGGAACUGUUCCUUAUCUGCUGAAAAGAAGACGUUUGCGGAGGACCACCCCGGGGGUGUUAUUGGUAAAGUGUCCCUAAUGGGAGGUUGUGUGACAGAGGUUACAACCUACACUGCAACUGAUUCGACCGUUUCAACCAGCAUUGUAUCCUGCCCUCUGCCCACCCUCCCUAAGAACGUGGAGCUAGUGAAUCAGAACAACACAUGUCUGGGGCACCUCACAACUCGGUGUAGAUCUGGUUCUGACCUGACUUCUGGAGACUCAGUCAGACAGUGCUUACCUACUGGCAACUGGUCCGGAUCUUCCCCUGUUUGUACAGAAAGACGCUGCCCCGUCCUUACCCCCUCCCCUGGUUCGCACAUCACAACUGACCAGACAACAGUAGGAACCAUCCUCCAAACUUCCUGCUCAGAUCCUUGUCAUGUGACUAGCUCGCAGACCCCUCUACAUUGCCUGGAGACGGGACAGUGGAACGGGACUCUGCCAACCUGCAGUCCUGCCACGUGCUAUCCGCUUCCUCUUCCUAAAAACACUGUGCUGCUCUUUGAUGAGAGACAGCCCAAGUGUGGGGGACAGUUUGCUGCAAGGUGUGUCAAAGGAACAGAUCUUGUGUACGGAGACCUGGUCAGGACCUGUAGGAAAGACAGGUCCUGGAGCGGACAAGUUCCUCUCUGCACCGUGACUGAGUGUCCAGUAUUCCCCUCCCCAAAGAAUGGCUACCUAUCAUCCACCUCUAAAAGAGUUGGCUCCUUGGUUACUGCUACCUGCAAGGCUUGUCAUAGAGUUUCAGGAAUACCAGGCAUGAGUUUAGCAGCUAGUGCCCAGUGUCUGAGCAGCGGUAGAUGGAGCAUAGACCCACCCUCCUGCGAGAGGGUUACCUGUCCUCCCCUCUCUCCCUCAACAGGAGUGAACAUGCUGAGUCUCAAUACCUCUUGCAUCGGACUAGCUGAAUUCCAGUGCUCAACUGGUUUUACGUUAUACUCCGGUAGUACAGCCAGGUACUGCCAGCCAGAUGGUAAGUGGAGCGGCUCAGAUCCUAUCUGUGUCCCUGAAACUUGCCCUCCUCUACAGUUCGCUAGUGAGGACAGAGUGAUCGUUCAAACGAGAAGAGAGAGGUACGGGGAGCGGAGCAUUAUGCGAUGUGAAGGAGGCAGUACUCUACAAUCAGGGCAACUAGAAUUGGUCUGUUUGUCAGGUAGAGAGUGGAGUGGGGCGAAACCCCAGUGUGUAGCAAACCAGCCCUUCCGCCCUACUGCUGGCACUGAAGCCCCAGAAGCUAUUGCCUCUGAAAAGCAUAAUGAAAAGCAAAGUGAUAAUAAUGUACUGAAGAUUGUAGCUAUUUUGGGAUGGUCCAUGUUUACUAUCUGUCUCAUCUUCAUCAUCCUGGUGUUCGUCUUUCUAAGAAGAGGGCGAAUAAACAACUGCCAAUCAGGGAACUGUAACGGAAAAGCAAGUCUAGAACGACAAGUCACCACCUCUACCACUAUAGGACUCGGGACUCUAGACAUCAGGAAAUCCAGAUGUCUCGAGCUGGACGUUGUCACACCCACCUACCCUCCUAACAGUAAUUUAGUCACCCCCGUCACACCUACCUAUCGUAUAUAUGAAGCGGUAACGCCCACACUGUCCGCCCAGGAUUCUAUGGGAAAUGGUGUCACGUGACAUACAUGCAGAUAAAACUUUAAAACAAGAAGUUUAGCUCUGAGAGUCAAUUAUUUGGGGACCAGCAUAAUAAGUCAGUUUGUUUUCGUGAGACAGAGACUCGAACUGUCAACCUUCAGCAUUCAACGUGGCAUCAGAGUGAUGAAUUACAAGAGGGGUUAACUUAUGAAUUCAGCAUUGUAGGGGGGCGGUCGUUGUUUGCAACUACAGUAGCAAAAAAGCAAAACCGUGAAAUAGUGAAAUUUGGGAGACGGAGGCGUGGAAUGUUGCUCACACCUGAUAUCACUCAUUUUCUGGAAAACAAUAUGGACAGCUUUUACCACAAUUAUUUGUAAUUUUUCGAUUCGAUUAAUGAACAUGUGAAUUGUGAAGUAGUACAUAAAAUUAAAAGUUUUGGGAAUGAGAAACUGGAUAAAUUUUAUUAAAUUACAUUUUUUUGAAUAAUUUUUGUACUAACAGUAUUUGUAUUACAUUUGAGUCUUUAUUUAUUGUGAAGUGAAAGCAAAUUUGCAUCAAUUAUUUUAUUCUGUUAUCAUACAUUGCUUUAUUGUAAUACAAUUUUUAACCAUGAUUUGUAAAAAUAACCUGGUUCGGAUUAA